GUUUAUCGGAAUGAGAGCGUCCUUGUGACUGGAGUGGAACCGGACGGCGGGCGGAAACCGUGCGGCGGAACAACAGCGGCCGGAAGUCGUUCAAAGCCGGUGGGGGUCGCCAAUUGCGUUGAAAAGUGAGCGAGUAGAGUUUGUGAGGCGGCGGACAAGACUGACCAUUCCACGAUUGGCGAAAUUGGUCGUCGUUGGUUCUGACUCUGGCCCAACUCGGGAUGAUGAGAACGAGGAUGAGGAUGAGGGCGAGGCGACCCUCCUCAUUUCAGCCGGACCGCGUCCUCUUUGCGCUCGCCGUUUUGGCCGGCGUCGAGGCUCUUCACACUCCCCCCCAAGAGCCCGUUGUAAAAAUACAACAGGGCACGCUCAAAGGGGUGAAAAUAGUGACUGAGAGUCGUAUAAAGAUAUAUGCUUUUUUGGGUGUUCCAUAUGCAGCCCCACCACUUGGGCCUUUACGAUUUGCUUCUCCUGAAAAACAUGGAGGAUGGUCAGAAAAUGAGCCUUUUUCAGCAGAUAACUUUGGACCUGCUUGUGUCCAACCUUUACAUGAACUAGUACCAAAUUUUGGAGUGAAGCCGAUGCAGGAUGAGGACUGUCUUACUUUAAAUGUUUGGACAUCUGAGGCCGCCCUCACCUAUAAAAAUGCUCCAGUUGUUAUAUUUUUUGAAGGUGAGGGUUUUGUUACGGGAUACUCAGGCCGGUUUCCUGGCGAGGAUCUUGCCGCAGAGGGUAUCGUCAUCGUUUCGGCCAACUACAGGCUCAACGUUUUUGGAUUCUUUUGCUUGGAAAAUACAGAAGCAAGGGGUAACGUCGGGCUCCUCGACCAGUAUCUUGCUCUUGUGUGGGUCCGCGAAAACAUCGAGCAGUUCGGAGGAGAUCCAAGGAGUAUUACUCUCAUGGGCCACUCUGCAGGAGCAACAAGUAUCGCUUAUCACCUAAUAUCACCAAGGACACAAGGUCUAUUCCAUAAAGCAAUAUUGAUGUCGGGGAAUGUUUUUUCGCCCUGGUCUAAGUCGAACAACCCUUCGAACGCUUCAAAAGAGAUAGCCAAAAGCCUUGGCUGUUUUUCUAAGAAAGUCCAUUCGAUGCUUAACUGCCUCCAGUCGAAGAGUGCUGAGGAGAUAUUGAAAGCUUACGAAAUGCUUUACAUGGGUGGCAAUUGGACAGAACUCCCCCUUCCUGUCAUUGAUAGCUUCCUUCCUGAGACAGAACAGUACCUGCCGAUGGCGCCGGACGAAGCUUAUGCCAAGGGCAAUUUCCUCAAAAUCCCGGUCAUGAGUGGUAUAACUAUGAACGACGGGAUAGUGGCAAUUUCCCAGUGGACAGACUUGUUUAAGCAAGACUUCUUCCAGCUUAAGCAUCUAUUCUUGUCUAGCAUAAUCCCGUCUGUGAUACAAAAGUAUAAUCUGUCCGAUUUGAACAACUUUCAACAGUUACAAACCAUAUUGCAAUGGUACUACCUGGAUCUGGUCAAAGAUGGGGACACGACGUCUUUGAUAUCAAAGCUUAUUGACUUUUUUACAGAUUCACAAUUCACAGCUCCACACAGAAAACAGCUAUCUUUCCUGUCAAAUACGACUAUAAAUCCGCUGAGUACUGUAUAUGCUUACCAGUUUGAACAAGAAGAGAACCAUCUUUAUCACCAUCUCAACAUUUCUGGUUCAGGUCAUGGUGAGGAGUUGCUUUUCCUCUUUGGCCCACCUCUCUUGAAAAAGGUAGGACGGAUCCGGCUCACUUCGUCUGAAGAACGACUCAGCACUGUGAUGAGACGGUUCUGGGUUGAAUUUAUCAGGAAAGGAAGUUUAAGCUUGAGCCCGUACGGUUACGGUAUACCUUGGAGGCGCUAUGUGUGGAAUGAGGACAACUAUGUGAUUUUCCGGUCAGAUAAUAGCCUUCCGUUAACUCAAACAGUUAUGCGUCUGCCUAGUAUGUCUCUCGCCAAGGAUGCCAUGAGCAAAUAUACCAUACGCCUCUGGAACGAUCUUCUCCCCGACCUCCAUGAUCUCCACAACCAGCAGAAUAGCAUAAUUCAGAGCCAGAGGGCAAGGGAUACACAAUUAACAAAAGACUUGCCGUAUCGAAGUGCGAUGUAUACACUCAUUUGUUUUGUUAUCGUCCUACUCGUCCUUCUCAUCGUGUGUGUCGUCCUGCUCAAGAAACAUGUGACAGAACGGGAACGCGAUAUGUUCUGACAAAACGAAGGCAGGAGCAGCCCAGAGGACAACCUUCCACCAAUCAGUGUCCUUAAUCUACCCUCACACAGUUGGAUGUACAACCUGACGUCUAACAAGUUCUAGAAAUAAGCAACUAGAGCUAUAGCUGUUCCUGCCGGAGAAUGCCUACCAACAAUGACUUUUUACUCCUUUUCACUACAAGAAAUUUUGUUACCAUUUAUUUUUGUUAAUCGUAAUUUCUAAAUCACUGUCAUUUUAUAUAAUAUAAACGGAGAGAGAAAAUGAGAGUGUGUGUGUUUGUGGUGCACAUCUUAGGUUUCAAAAAAUAGUAAUGGUGCGACAACCACAAUUCAAUAUAGAUGUAAAAUUCAUGUUAGAAAAAAAUCUAGUUUUAUUUAGUAAUUUAUUAGCUAUUUUAAAACAACUUUGGAUAAAGAAUGACAAAUCAAAUAAAGCAAUUGAAUGUGUUAUUUUAAAAAAGACCUUACAUUUCACAAGUUUUGGGAAACAUUAAAAACUUAUUAAAUUCACUAAUUUCGUGGUCCGCUUGACCAAUUAAUAUAUU